AAGAACCCGCUCUUGCAGCCACUUCACCUCUACCGCCUUAUAUUGCGAACUCACAGAGAGCUACCAGUCGAGCUGAGGACCAUUGGCGACCCGUACGUCAAGAGUGAAUUCAAGCUUCACAAGACAACAGACAAUCCGAUUCACAUUGUUGGCUUCUUGAGCGAAUGGCAGAAAUACGUGCAGGAUCUCAAAGGCAGCGGGUGGCAAGGUGUGCGCAUUGACAAGGACAAGAUUGACAAGAUGUCAGAGGAGCAACUCGGGCAGCUGUAUGAGCUGAUGAAGGCGACGAACGAGGAG